AUGGCCGCCAUUGUCUCCACCAGCAACAACAACAACAACAGCAGCUUCAUCAGCCAGUGGAUGAUGGAGUCUCUGCCGGUUUUUCUGAUCCUCCUCUCUAUCAGCAGCUUCCGGUGGGAGCCGCACCCCGCCGCGGCCUCGCCAGCCUCCCCCGUGCGGGUGAGGGUCGGGCAGGACGCCGCCCUGUGGUGCCCACUGUUGGACGCCGCCUCCACCAACGCCUCCUCCACCCUCAGCUGGUACCGGACAGCAGCAGGACGCCGCCCGGAGCUGCUGCUGUCCUUCAGGUCCACAAACGCCUCCGACGUGAAGUACGGCGCCGCCGUGGGCCCGGGGAAGGCCUCCGCCAAAGCCGACGGCUCGCUGCUGCUGCUCAACGCCACACGGAGCGACUCGGCAGUUUAUUACUGCGCCGUGACUUGGGGGGGAGAGUAG